GCAUAUCCGGUUUGCGUUCACGUAUUCUGGCUGACUGACGAGUAGUGAAGACACCGGGAGCUGGAUGAGCGCUUAAACCAAUCAACAUUAUCGCAUCGUUUCAAGCCCUCCGCCGUGGAAGUCGUCAUUUAAAUUUGCCGAACUCGCGUCUCCUCCUCCCGUCGAACUUAUUCGUCCUGCACUCCCUCCACCGCGUUUGGUUGUCAGACGGGCAAACAUCGGCGGUUCCUUCUCUGUCGUCCCUCGAACAUGGUGGUGGCCUGUGGGCAAGAAGUCGACGAGGCAGCCCGGUGACGACGAGCGGAGUGUUUUUAAAGCUCGCAUUUGACGAGUGUGUUCUCAAACGUCGGGUUUGGAAUUAGCUGCGUGCCCUGUGGACGUUGACCCCCCCCCCCCCCGACCAUCUAAUUAGCAUUUUGUAGAACAGAACGCGGCAAUUUGGCGUCCCAAGUUACCCUCAACUUUUUGGGGGGAGAAAAGAUGGCGACAUAAUUGCAGGAGAAAUCAAGUGCAGCCCGAUGGAACCGUUUUACCUCCUGCGUCACUUUUAGCGAUCUUACUUGGAUUACUGCAAUUUUAUUAUGGAUAUUCGCAGCCAAGCGGCGCCAGGUCAGGAAUAACAAUCCCAACGAGCCUCCAGCAGCAGCACUACGAUGAGCGAGAAAAGCGAUUGUUUCCCCUCGUCGAGAUUUUGAAUAGUCGCGGGCAGUUCAUUACAUGGAGACUCGCUUGACAUGCCGAGGACAGAGUUGCCGCUACCCGACGGUUGGGAAGAAGCCCGAGACUUUGAUGGCAAAGUCUACUAUAUUGACCACAUCAACCAGAGUACCAGCUGGAUCGAUCCCCGAGACAGGCAGACGAAGCCUCUGACGUUCGCCGACUGUAUCGGAGAUGAGCUGCCAGUCGGUUGGGAGGAGGCGUUCGACCCUAUGGUCGGGGCAUACUAUGUCGACCACAACACCAAGAGCACCCAGCUGGAAGACCCGCGGGCCCAGUGGCAGCGGGAGCAGGAGGCCAUGUUGCGGGAAUACCUGGCCGUGGCCCACGAUGCCCUCAGUGCUCAGAAGGAGAUCUACCAGGUGAAAGAGCAGAGGCUCCGUCUUGCGCAGCAGGAGUACCUGCAACUCAACAACACCUGGCGGGACAAGUCCACAUCGCAAACCAGCUUGAAUUCCAGAACAUCCACCUCCAGCAAGUAUGAUCCAGAUAUCCUUAAAGCAGAAAUCGCCACAGCCAAAAGUCGGGUCAACAAGCUGAAACGGGACCUGGCCUGCAUGAAACAGGAGCUGCAGUACAAAGAACAAGGCUUUGAGACCCUCAAAGAGAUUGACCAAAAGGUGUCCAAAAGCCCUUACGGCUUCAAAUUGCAGGAGGCGCAAGCCAUCCUCAGCGAGGUGCGCUCCAUCCGGGACACCAUCAGCGCUGGGGAGAAGGAGAAACAAGAACUCAUUCAGAAAUUGGCGGUUCUGAAGGAUGCUUUCCAGCUGGACUCGGGCUCACAGCAGGAUCUGUGGGGCACCAGUCGAUCGCUGGCCAACUCAGAGCUGUCCAUCCCACGAGUCUACUCUGACGCCGGAUCGCAGACCGACAUCCCCGCCGAGGCCACAAGGAACUCCAACAAAUUGGCAGAAAAAGUCCGUCUGAGUCUGAAGUACGAGGAGGCCAAGCGAAAGAUCGCCACCAUCGAGGUGCAAAUCGCCAAGCUGGACAGCGAGGCGUGGCCAGGCCUGCUGGACCCGGAGCGCGACCGCCUCAUCCUCAUCAACGAAAAGGAGGAGCUGCUAAAGGAACUCCAAUACGUGCGGCCGCGACAGCGCCUGGAGCCCAAUGACGCCCAGAAGCUGGAAACUGAGAAGAAGCGUCUAGAGAAAGACCUGCAAGCCGCAAGGGACAACCAGAGCAAGGCUCUGACUGAAAGACUGCGACUACACUGCAGGAGGAACAAGCUGGUCAGGGAGCUGGAGGAAUUGGUCCGACUGGCUACGUCGUUACAUACUCAGCUCAAAAGCCUAUCCGCCAGCACAUUGUCAUGUUCGUCCGGCAGCAGUCGAGGCUCACUGACCUCGAGCCACGGCUCGCUGGCCACAACAUCCAGCUUGGGCUCUACAUCCUCCCUCAGUUUCACCGACAUUUACCUGGAGCAGCCAGAGCUGGCCGACCCGGACUUCCAGAACAAGCUGGACAGCCUCUUGCAGGAGGGCGGCCAGGUGGGCUACCGGCCCUCCAACUCCAUUACCACAAUACAUGAACACGAAGUGGUGACGGGCGGUGAAGGGAGGGAUGCCGAAAGGCCUGAUGGCCAAAUACCCGGGCUGGGUGGAUACACUGCCAACAAGGGGGCGGGAGGAGUUGCUGCAGGAGAUGUGGGACCAUCCAGGAUUCAAGCACUCAGACUCUCAGAGACCCCUCACUCCAUGAGCUCGUUGUCGCCGCGCUCGUCGCUUUCCUCGCUCUCGCCGCCAUGCUCACCACUGGUCACAGAAAUUGCUUUCCUGUCGGGGGAGGCCUUUGCUGGCCAAGCGGGGCCUGGCGGGGUAAGCCUGGACCUGGAUCUUCAGAGCAGACUAGCGGAGCUGGACCUCAGGCUGGACUCCCGGCAGCAGCAGGAGCAUAGCGCCCCAAGUGGGCUGGAGGAGAAGCAGAAAUAUAGUUGUGUGCUGGCGGAGGAUCUGAAAGCUGUAGAGUUGCAAGUGAUGACAGCGGGGCCAAAGAAGAUGGGCGUGAUCUCGGCUGUGUCUGACGAGUCUGUCGCCGGGGACAGCGGCGUGUAUGAACCCUCUGACCGCAGGCCAGGGCUCCCUCCUGACGUCAUUCUGGCCUCCGAUGAGGAAAGGUUGCAUUUGGGCUGCGCUCAGGUGCAGCUCGGCUUCCGUUACGAGCCACGGGACCUGCGUUUCACUGUCUCCGUCAUGCGGCUGUCAAACUGCAGCGCCCUCUGUCUUCCCCCUGAUGAGAAAAUGCACGUUCGCGUGGCGGUGCUCCCUUGCGUGGAAACAACCCGCUGCCUAUUCCGAACAUGCGCCUAUCCGCCUCAAGACAUCAUGGAAUUCAACGAGGUGUUCGGAAUGCAUUUGUCCCACAGUGCACUGCGGCAGAAGACAUUGAGGGUGGACGUGUGUGACACAAGCAAUUCGGGCCAUGAACGAUGUCUGGCAGGAGCUCAGAUCAGCCUGGCUGAUGUGAGCUGUUCGGAGGACAGAAGAACUACAUGGUACAACCUGCUGAGUCAUACUUUCCUCACGGACGUCAGGGACAAGGACAAGGGCAGCAGCGUCGCCGGUGCCUUGGACAGGAUUGAGGCUUCAAGCAAUGAGGCAACGUGGCACGGGGACCUGCUGGAGGUAUUUGACGAUGAGGAAGAACUCUGCGCUGCUGGCUCGGAGCCUCUAGAGGAAGGAGACCUGUUCUACGCCAAUGCCUGCCAAUGGGAGGCAGAGGAAGAGCAGCAGGAAGAUGAGGAGGAUGAGGAAAGGCAGACCAAAGUGCUCCCUCUAGCUCCCAUUGCAGAAAAGGUGAACAAGGAGACGACCAUAGAGGGCUUGUCUUCAUCCAAUCACCACUCAGUGGUCCGGCCCAAGGAACGGCGGGCUGACCUCUCCCAGCAGCAGGCCUUUAUGCGGGGCAACGCCAUCAUCCGAUCCAAGACCUUCUCCCCCGGACCGCAGAGGCAGUACAUUUGCAGGAUCAACCGCAGUGACAGCGACAGCUCCACACUCUCUAGGAAGUCUCCGUUUGUGCGUAACGCCUCGGAGAGACGCAGCAUGCGCAUGAAAAAGCCUCCCGUGCAGGUCAAAGGUCUAGAUGGCCUACUGCGCACCUCUCUGGACCUGGAACUGGAUCUGCAGGUGUCCCGCACCCGCCAGUCACGUCUGGCUCAGGAGCUGCACGUGCUGCGUGAGCUCAAGGCGCAGCUGGAGACGGCGCGGCAACAGGGCCAACGCGAGCUGCCCGCCUGGGUCAGGGAAGACGAACGCUUCCGUCUCCUCCUCAAGCACGCCGAGAAGCAGACUCACGAGGAGCAGCUGCAGGAGAAGCGGGUGGAGAAGAUGAUGAGGGCGGUGACGAAGGACGUCCACAAGAUCAGAGGACGCAGCCGCAAGGAGGUGCCCGAGGUGCAGACCUUCAGAGAGAAGAUGGCCUUCUUCACACGAACCAAGACCACCAUUCCGGACCUGCCGGCCGACGACGUGUAGCCAAGCAUUUCAAAGCGUCUCCACCUCCUCCUCCCUCUCACCUCCCGCAAAUCAAGUCAAAACGGUUAUAUGAGGAAUUUUACAAUCUUGUAGACUCAAAAACAAACAUGACCGUGACCACUCAGCAUUGUUAGCUUUUGUAAAUAUAGUGACAACACCGUUUGAGUUUUCCUUUUUUUUUUUUUUUUUUUAAUUUCCUGCAACUAACAUGCCUUUGAAAUCAUUCCAGCACAAACAACAGCACAAAUAUCAAAUCUAACAACAAUGGUACUGAAACAACGGAAGACGAUUAAAAUCAUAAGAACAAUAUGAAGAAUUUUUUUUUCCAUUUUUAAUGAUGUAUCUUGUUUUAAAGCUCUUUAAAUCCACUUUAACUGGAAGCGAUCCUUAUGAUAGCAUCCAUUCCAGGAACUCAUCGCACACCAUUUCUCUCACAAUAUCGACCACAGUACCUUCAUCAGCAGUGCAGAAAAUAUUUUAAUUCUUAAAACUCUUUAAAAAAAAAAAAAAAAAUCUGGUUGUUUGUAUCCUAGUGACAGGACUGAUGGUUGUAAUCAUUUUUUUUUUUUUUACAUUCUUCUCAUUUUUAGUAAAAAACAAACACUCUCUCACUCAGGUAGGAAAGUAGUUAGUUUGCACUUUAACAAUUAUUGUAAAAGUUGUAAAGAGAAAAAACAAUAAUUGUCACGCUGGAAUAAUUGAAACGAUUUCUUUUUUUUGUGACUGUGAACGUCUCGAUUGUAUUUUUUAAUCAGCAAGCGCCAGCCAAUAGGAGCACACCAGCACCUUGCUCUUCUUUCUGUUUGGCUGUUUGAUUGAACUUGUGUCAUAACUAUGAAUUAACCCCCCCCCCCUUUCUUUUAACUGGACUCUCUUAAAAAACAGAACCAAUACUAAUCUUGUCUUCAAUAAUUUGGGCUGUGAAAUUUGUCGAAAGUUAGGUGUACGUUUGAAUUGGAAGUUAAGAGUUUCGGAAAUAUUCCAACUGUAGCAAUCAACAGUGAAUAGAGAGUAACUUCAUCCAAUCGAUCAUAUUCAAGUAUGAAUGUAAACAUUUUGUAUUUUUCACAAGAUGACUUAAUUGCUCUCUUUUCGUUUUAACUUCACUCAGUGAUUGAUUGGAACCUAAAACAAAUAUCGACCAAGUGGCAGCUCGUAAUGUUGAAAAACAAAACCAAAAAAAAAUUGGUGCACUUAUAACACUGCUAAAUUCCUUUUAAUUCCGUGGAAAUUUUCCAAACUUGAAGUUUCCUGGUAUUUUGCAACCUAUUAUUCGUAAGUGUCUCUAAGACUGUUUCCCCCUGCUGGACAUUAGAUGGUGGAUCCUCCAAAAACUGGUUCCUCUCACCCACCAUCAAUGAAAAUGUCAUGUAACAAAUGCCCAACUGUCACUUAAUUGGGAAAAGAAGGUUAUCAUUAAACCAUAGUAAAGUAAAACCACUUGCUCUUUGACAGGGCAGGAACAGGAAGGUGUUUGUGAAGCAAUACUAUCACUUUGUGGUGCUUAAGAAGUAUCGGUGGAAUGUUUCUUUAUGUUAGCGUCUGUUUGGGGAAAAUUAACAAUCGCUCGGAUUGUACUGAAAAGCUUCGACCCAUUUGCAUCUUUUCAGCAAUAACUCCAGUUUUGUUCGACGUCAUUCCAGAUGUGUCCAUGUUUUAUUUUUUUCUUUUCUUUGUGUGUAUUUGAGAGAGGGGAUUUUUUUUUUUUUUUUUAAAUCACCUUCAUCUUUCAGACUCUGAAUAAUUCUAAUUUGGAUCGGCACCAAGUUUAUGGACCUCCCCCCAGCUUUCCUGAAAAUGUAUUAAUUUUGUCCCUCAUCCAGCCGCAAAAUCCCGACAGUUUUGUGUACACUAUAUGUAUGUAUGUCCACGUUCCAAGUUGAGGAUGAAAAAAAAAAAAUUCUACACACUCCUUUACUAAUGUCAUUUUUUUGGGGUGGUAUUCAAUAAUGAGACCAUGAUAAAUCAUUUUAAAACACGAACACUGCUCGUGACUGAAAGAAAAACGUACCAACAGUAUAGUGUGGCGGCGUCAUGAUGUUUUGGGACUAUUUUUCUUCCACUGGAAGAAAAGCUUGAAAGAAGCUGGAGGGAUUUAUGAACAGUUUGAAAUACUAAUCAGUGUCAUCAAACAAACUGGAUUGUGGCAGUGUUGUGCUGGCUCCCUCAAUUUCGAACGUAAUUGAUUCAUUCCGAUCACGACGUCCGCACUUGCGUUACUACGUGAUGAGAGGGUGUGCGCACCUGUGCAAUCACGUCAAAUUUUUUUUUUUUACUUUCCUCUCCAAAAUUCUUUUAAUUGAGAUGCACAGGGUAUAAGAUCACGUGACUAGUGGUAAAAUAUUUGUAAUGAUUAAUUUUUUUUUUUUAACAGAAACCUGGCAUUUGAACAAGGGUGUGAAGACUUUUCAAACUCACAAGUGAUGAGAGAGAAUUGGGAGUUAGAUGUUUUGUUUUGAAAAAUCCAAAGGCUGGAAUAUUGUUUUUUUUUUCCUCCCCUUAAUUUGAACACUUUGUUUGUCAAGAGAAUCUCAGUGUAUGUUAUACAUGUGGAUAAAGGAAUGUAGUUUUUAACCACACGAAUGUUGAGAAAAGCAUGCUUUUAAAAAAAAAUGUAAAAUGUUUUCCGCCCCACUGAAUCUGUUGAAGAUGAUGAGGUUGAGGAUGUGGGUGAGUGUGCUCCCGUUUGUAUGUAGGAAACAACCAGCAUUAGUAUUUAUUGCACUUUUUUUUUUUUCAUUUGGGUGUGCUUUUUGCUUUUUUUUUUCUCCCCCCCUCCCCCUUUUUGUUUUUCAUCAAAAGCUGUGAAUUUAAUUCCAACACAGUGUACUGUCGACCAGAGUUGUAAAUAUUUCACCAGCACAAAAAAAAAAAAAACAAAAAUACACUAUGUUUUGUAGUUUCACAACAAAUAAAAUAAA